ACGAAUUGUGUAAGUUUUUCAGAGCGCUACCCCCACCCCCAUCCUCCACAAAUGCAAUAAAAUAUUCCACUUCUAGUCGACUAGGCUACUCCUUAAUGUUAGUCUUGGAAGAAACAAAGAUGGAAUUAUCUUCUUCAUCUAAAAGCUUCAAAGAAACUAAAGUCAAGCACAAAAUUUGCAUAUCAAAACAUCAAGAAAAUUAAUGGCGGAAGAAAGGUUACAAGCAAAAUCAGUACAAGAAAUAGCUAAAAGCUGCUGUAAAGAUAAUAAGAUCCCAGACAACUUCAUUCACAAAAAUGGAUAUUCCCAAUCUAAAGUUGACUCUGUUCCAUAUAUGGAUGAUUUUGUCAUAGAUUUCUCUCUCCUCUCAUCUUCUUCAUCUGCUGAAGCUGAUCAUGAACUGGGAAAGCUUCAUUUAGCUCUCAAUCAAUGGGGUUGCUUUCAGGCCAUAAAUCAUGGCAUGACGAGUGCAUUCCUCGACAAAGUACGUGAAAUUAGCAAGCAGUUCUUCGCACUUCCUUCUGAAGAGAAACAAAGGUACUCGAGAGAGGUCAAUGACUGGGAUGGAUAUGGGAAUGACACAGUUGUUUCAGAGCAGCAAACUCUUGAUUGGACUGAUAGACUUUAUCUUACACUUCAACCUGAAGAUCAACGUAAGCUGAAGUAUUGGCCCGAGAAGCCACUCGUAUUUAGGGAGGUUAUACAUGAAUAUACAUUAAAGCUUAGGGAAAUGUUUGAAUUUCUUCUGAAAGCCAUGGCUCGUUCCUUGAAGUUGGAGGAAAACUGCUUUCUCAAAGAGAAUGGAGAUCUAGUGAUAAUGGCCGGGAGGUUCAACUUUUAUCCACCAUGUCCGGAACCUGAAAGCGUUCUUGGUGUCAAACCACAUGCGGAUGGAACAACAGUUACAAUGCUUCUACAAGACAAGGAAGUGGAAGGCCUUCAAGUGCUGAAGGAUGAUCAGUGGUUCAGAGUUCCCAUUGUUCCUGAUGCUUUAUUUAUCAAUGUUGGUGAUUUAUUAGAGAUAAUGAGUAAUGGCAUACUGAAAAGUCCUGUGCAUAGGGUGGUCACGAACUCGGAAAGAGAUAGAAUCUCGGUGGCAGUGUUUUGUUACUCGGAUCCUGACAGGGAGGUUGGACCAAUAUCUGAGCUCAUCACGGACGAUAGGCCUCAGAUGUAUAAGAGAGUGAACCAUUAUGAGAACAUAUUCUUUGAGAACUACCAACUGGGGAAGAGACCACUACAUGCUGUUAGAUUGUAGUAAUGACUAAUGACUUAGCUUUAUGAGCGUCUAUUGUUGAAUUUUCAUUUUUUGCUGAAUGUUUUGCCUUGUGAUUUCUGUGUUAGGGGAGAAUUUUUUACCUCUUUUUUAAUUUUAUUUUGUGUUGAAAGGUAAUUGAGGUGAGGCUUGAGGGAACAAUCUUGAGUUUCGUUGAACUAAUUGUUUUGACUCAGAAUAUUUUGGUUCAAGGACUUCUCCGGCUGCCCUAUAUUAGAUUUUGGUAUAAAAUUUAUAUUUCUUAUUGUA